AUGCAAGAAGAAUGGAGUUGGACCCAGGUGAACAACGCUCUGCCGCCCCCAAAAGAUCAAACUCCAUUUGACUUGUGCGAAAUGUUCUCGCACCUGACACUUAUGGAGAUCAAACUGAGGCAAAGCCGGACCGGAGAUUACAAAGGGAGUGUGGGGUCACUGUCCACCUCCCACGUGAUGGAUUGGUGUCCCGAGGGUGCGAAUGGUUUCGCCGGUGUAGACAUCAGGGAUCUCAACGCUCGCAUUGCGAGGUUCCUUGAGGUACAUGGGGUCGCGUUUGAACACGCAUAUGGGCCUCAGCUACCAUGGAAUCCUGAGCGGUUCAGAGCCUUUGAGAGGAGAAGGCGAAACACUGUAGUGAAGAUUUCACCGGGCACUGGCGCAGAUGAAUUUGACAUAGCCGUCGGCAACACCGACCAUGACUCCCUGAGACGCGCGAUCCGACGCUCUCCACUCCUCGCGUCUAUACGGCUCAGAGUUGGCUUUGAGGAUCUCGGGGAGGAUGAGAUGCUGCCUGCCGAUGCUCCGUACGACGAAGACGAUGGUGUUGUCUCCUUACACACAUGUGUGCUUACGGGGUUCGGCUCGAUGAACAACGUGCCAUACUAUGAGAUGCUAAAUAGUUGGGGACCAAAUUGGGGUCGCCGACCCCAAGGAAUUGGGCGCAUAUCGGUAGAUGAUAUCCUCAGCGCGUGGGACUAUGAAGUAGUCGAGCUCAUCGGUUGGUGUUCCAGACUUUGUUAA